AUGCUGGAACAGGGCAAGAGUUCACAAAUUUGGAAACCAGUCCCCAUUAUUCAGCCGUCCUUGGACAAGGUUAUUGAAGUGCAGUCCUACAUGACCCAGAUUAAGCCCAUCAGCGUAUUGGGAGCCCCCCUGCUCAAUUAUCCCGUUAUUCUGAGGUCUUCGGGGGAAAUGAGCGUCAUUAUAAACGGCCGCGGCGUCGUCGCCACGAACGCGGGCGUCGCCGUCAUGACUGACCAAAGCGGCCUUCUUACUCUCACCGUGCUGACGGAUGACAUUUUGACACCUAAGUUUACCGUCACCGAUGCUUUGCCUGGCUCCGAGUCGGCAAAGUCCCUAGCGGUGGACCCGGCAGACAAGAUCAACCAGAGGUUAUGCAAGCUUAAGCACAAGGAGGAUCUGGACAUCGACCUAGGGCCUGGCCAGGGGAAGCUGCUUGAUGGUACUAAGUUGACGCCUUGA